AUGCAUGCCCAAAAUGCCGCAGCCUUGGACAAGCUGCCUGAAGAGAUUCUGAUUGAGAUCCUCGACUACCUCGAACCUCAGGAGCUUAUCUCCAUCCAACUCACAUGUUCCACAUUAUCCAAGUUGGCACGUGCCAACCCCCUAUGGAGGCACAAAUGCUUCGAAAAGUCUCCCAGUGCCUCCAUGAGGGCCACCAACAGUAUCCUCAAUACCCUCACGAAUGCAUUACAAGGUCUGACUCUCUCAGAGCGCCCACGUCAAUCACGCGUAUCGCCUUCGAGUGGUCAUGUGCCGGAACGGCUUGGUGAAAGCGCUCGUGCUCGGGCAGUCAAUCAGUGGGAUCACUCAGGCAAAGGCGAAAGGGUGGAUUGGUACUCAGAAUACAAGGCGAGAUAUGCCCCCCUGAGCGUCGACUGGCUUGCCCACGACCCCACAAGACACCUGGAGAUCAGAGGUGUUGCUCCUCUCGGCGCGACUGACCAGACGGUUGGGUACUUGGAGGACGGAAGUGUCUGCAUCUGGGAUCUCGGUCGGUGCGCCUCGGGAAGGAGGAAGUUUCGAGAGCUGGGACGGAGCAAGCCAUCCAUCCUCUUCGCCGACGCCAAUCAGCCAAGCGAGACUCUGGUGGUGGACUGUGUGAGUACCUUCCCAUCACAGCAAAAGGCGUUUGUCGCUGUCGGCAACGUGUUGAACGAGAUCGAUCUCAACACCCUGUCCGUGGUGUCGCACGCCAGGUAUCCCUUCCAAAUUACCGCGUUAUCGCAGUCAGCGUAUCCGGAGCUGCCGUUGACGGUCGGCACUCAAUGGAGCGUUCAUAUUGUAGACCCACGAAUCCCUGUCAUUCCGACCUCUCCAUCUUCCCACGAACGAGCGGAUGAAGUGCCAUGCACGCCAGGACGGUCUACGGCAAUCCUCCCCGAUAUGUCGGGAGAUUCGUCAAUGUUACCUGCCAUCUUCGGCACGUCACCUUCACCCCUGUCGACGUCCAGCACGGGCCCGUCGACACAUUCUUCUGGAUCACCUAGCUGGCGCCCUUCUCAUCGUCUACAGAAUCCCCAGUGGAUGGGCUAUGCGCGAGUCGAGCCUGGGCCGCUUUCGAUUCUGCACCACGCCGAGAACGAGAUUCUCCUGUGCGGUAGAUUCCCCAGUAUACUAUCCUACGAUCGUCGAUUUUUCCCCCGUCUCCAAUACGUCAUCCACUCCAGCGCCAGCCUCUCAUCGCUGGCGUCGAUACCCUAUCCACCGGCCGGAGCGUCACCCAACGUGACGGGCGACGCCACCCUCAUCGCGUGCGGCGAAUACAAAGGCCGCGGGUCUCUAGAGUUGUACUCGCUUCCGCACGUCAAGCCCGGACAAAGACAAUCCAACCCGGACAUCUCGACCAGUUCCAGCCCUUCUGAGGACGACGAGCUCGACAUCACCAGGAACCGCAACCUGACCUCCUCCGACGGGCUCUUCAGCUACAAGAACCGCCAGGACGCGGCCAAGUCGAAGCUCCUCUCCGUGGCGUCGCAGGGCACCAAGAUCGUCUUCUCCGACUCCGAGGGCGGCCUGAAAUGGGUCGAGCGCGACGGCCACAGCCUCGUGCGGCGGUGGAACAUCAACGGGUUCCAGAUGGGCGGCAGCAGCCCGAAUCACGCCAUCGCGGCCUCGGCCUCGGUCCACGGCGACGCGGUCGCGCGCAAGAUCAUCCCGCUGGACGACGACGCGGCGCCGUUCUCGUCCAAGUCGGAGCGCGGCCGCCGCGGCGACGCAGACCUGCUCGUGUGGACCGGCGAGAAGAUCGGCGUCGUCACCUCGGACGCGCAGUUCAUGGACCACGAGGAAAUGGUCCGCGAGAUCGAGGGCGACGUCGAAGAGCUGCGCGAGAAGGAGGAGCGCGAGAGGAAGGAGGAAGAGUACUCCAAGACCAUGCGCCAUGCCCUCGAGAGACAGGCCGACGAGAGGCGCUGGAUGAGCCAGUUCAGACUCAAGAGGCGGGAUUAUUUCUGA